AUGCCGGCGCGGGCUCUGGCGGGUGCUUUGGUCCUGGCACUGUGGGCCUGGACGCCGGGGCCGGCGGGGGCCGAGGACGCCAUGGGCCCGCACGCGGCCGUCCGUCUGGCAGAGCUGCUGACCCCGGAGGAGUGCGACCACUUCCGGUCACUCCUGGAGGCCCCGGCGCCCGACUUCGAGGCCGAGCUCGCCCGGCUCUCCGAGGACCGGCUGGCGCAGCCGGAGCCACGGCGGACCACGUCGGCGUCGCCAGGCCGGCGGUGGCGGCGGCGGCGGGAAGCGGCCGAGGGUCCGACAGAGGACACUAGGGGCUGGUCGUCCGAGCCAGGGGAGGUCUCUGACGGCUGCCGGGAGGCGCUGGCGGCCUGGCUGGCUGCCCAGGCUUCAUCUCUGUCUUGGGACCGCGUGGCCCGGGCCCUGCGGCGCAGCGGCCGCCCGGACGUGGCCAGGGAGCUGGGCAAGAACCUUCACCAGCAGGCGACGCUGCAGCUGCGCAAGUCAGGGCAGCGCUACUUGCAGCCGCCCGGCGCCGCCGCACCCGCGGUGCCCUCUGCCCCGGUCCCGCGCCCCCGGCGCGCCUCGGCCCCCGCGCUGAACUGGGACGAGUUGGAGCUGAUCGUGGAACGCCUGCCCCAGCCCCCGUACGAGCGGAACCCCACCGGCUGGGCCGGGCCGCUGGCGCUCGGCCUCCUCACCGGCUUCGUGGGAGCGCUGGGCACCGGGGCGCUGCUCGUCGUGCUCACGCUGUGGAUCACUGGCGGCGACGGCGACCCGCCCGCCACUCCCCGGGUCGGGCCCGCUGAGGCCCAGAGCUGGUGGGAAACAAAGCCGCUUUUGAUUAAAGAGCAGCUUGCGUCCCGGCCUGGGCUGUAGGUGCG